CGACGAGCAAGACAAGAAUGACGACCCGGCUUGCCCUGCAACGGGCCUCACAGACUCUCAAGCCUCAAUCGCUCGCCUCGUCCUCCAAGCAUGUCUUCCGCCGCGAAAUAACCACCAUCCCCGGGCCCGCAUCCUCCCCCGCACCAACACGUCCCCACCCACCCUCCACCAUAAACGCCAUCCCAAACAGCCCACAUACCCAUUUCCGUAUCACCCUUAAACGCUCUGCCAUCGCCCUUCCCGCACAUAUCAAGGCUACCCUCGUAUCCAUGGGCAUUCAUCGCCGCAUGCAGACCGUGUUCCACCCACAUUCGCCGGAGAUGGCGGGCAAGAUAUUGACGUGUAAGGAGUUGUUGGAGGUGCAGAAUGUUGGGCCGGAGCAGGUGAGGAAUAAGACGGAGCAGAGGUGGGAUAGGAAGGCGCCGAGGGGUUUCAAGGUCGUGGGCAGUAAGGUCGGUGGAGGCUUGUUCUCGUAGAUGUGACGGGAGGUGGAGAUCUACACUAUACUACUUCUUUUCUCGUGCAUGCAAUCAAGUAAACUUUUGCUUGUCC